CCAUGACGGAAAACCGUCCAGUUGAAAUGGACGGAAUUCCCGUCCUGUCAUUCGAGUUCAUUAAAUAGCGGCUUUUAUUGUAUAUAGAAAGAUCUGAAAGGCUAAGUCGUCAGAAUUCCGGAAAAAUUCUUAAUAUAAAGUACGAUCGCACUUGCUCUGAGUUUUACAAAGUCCAUUCCGGUCACGUGGUAGCGUCAAAAUGGAUGAAAAACAGGAAAACGACAGAGAGAUAGUGGAGCAUGUUAACAACUUACAGAAAUUAUGCAGACUUUGUGGGAAAUCAACAAAAAAUAAUGAACGGACUUGUAAAACAAACUUCUCCAUGGAACUUCUGCAGCUAUAUGACAUAGACGUUUUUAAAGAUAUUCCAUCUGUUCAUCCCGAAUUCCUGUGUCAGUCUUGUCGGUGUCAUUUAUAUAGAAGUAAAUCAGAUACUCAACAGAAGAAGUCUAAAAAGCCACGAAUAACUCCACAAUUGGAUAAGAAGAAAAUGAAAACACCUCGGCAAUUUAUUCAACAUGAAAGAAAUUGUGAAAUAUGCACAUUAGACAUGUUAGCUAAAAACGAAGCAUCAGGAAGUCAAGACAAAACUUCUUCCGAAAGCAAGAUACAGCAGAUAAUUCAACAGUUUGAACUGUUGGAUGUAGAGGAAAAAAAUAUUUGUGUUCAAAAGAUUUUAGAAUCAUAUAUGCCUCUUUCUUUAUUAAAAGAACAAAUUGCCAAAGUCAGCUGUCAAUAUCCGCAUGGCAACAUUGAAAGGUUGAACAACUUUUACCCCCAUGAGUAUCUUUCUGCUUUAGAUUCUCGCCUUCUCCAUAUUUUGCUGUCAAUAACAAGACAAACCAAAGAUACUAUACAAAUCCAGACUAUAAUUCCCCAAAUAGAAUCAAUUUACAGAUUGAUUGAGAAAGACUUCAUAGGAAUAUGGUCGUUUAUGCAAAAUUUAGUGACAUUUUCCUGCACAAAGAGUAGACAAGCAUGUAACAUUCUUGGUACAGCCAUUCCAGGAGGGAAAUACUCAUACAUUUCAUCAUAUCUAAACUCAACAGAAAAAGAUACUGAAUCACCAUGUCCAAAAGGUGAUGUUGCAUUUAUAUUUGACAAUGAACAAGUUAUUGGAAAAACAUGGAACAUAAAUGCACAAAACAAAGUCAAAAUGUCAGUGAUCACAAAUGUAGCAGUUGUACAAAUUCCAACAUCUUCCCCUCUUCAGGAAAUGCCAGAGUAUAGUCCAAAAUUAUGGUUAACUUCUGAAAGAAAUGAUGAAACAGUCAAGGAAAUGUGUGAAAAUCCAGAGGAUGAUGGAAACAUGUUUAACAAACAGUUGAUUGAUACUCAUUAUGAAGAGCUGUAUCAUCAUUUGCACAAUGUUAUAGGACAUGUGAAAGAAGAACUGCAUCAAAAGGAUGAGACAGGAAAGUGGCAGGAUGCACUUGACAUUGAAAUAUCAAAGAAAAUGGAAAAUCUGUACAAUCAAACUUGCCAAAAAUGUCACACUAAGUUUGGGAAAAGAGCAAGGAAAUGUCCAAACUGUCAGGAGAAAAAAUCUAAGAACAGUCAAUCUGUUCAAGAGAAGUCCCACAAUGCCCAAAACACUUUCCUAGGACAGGAAGAAGUAAAAAAUGUAACCACCUUCUGUAGGCAUCAUGGAAUUUCAAAUGUUGAAAAACAUACUGGAAGUAAAAAGAAAAGUGUGGAGCCUGAUCAGCAAUAUGCUCAUGUUCAAUCAUUUCACUCUGGUAGUCCUGUAGAAGUGACUUUGUUAGAUCCUGUCUUUGUCAAUCCUAAUUCAAUAGAAAGUAUGAUUCUCAUCUUAAGAUUCAUAGGGAAAAAAGCAAACAUAAAAAAGUACAUAUCUGAAGAGCAGAAGGAGGAUGUAUAUAUACGAUCGUGGACUUUCGUUUGCUGUGAUGGGCUUCCACAUUCCCUUGUUAGGCGUUUAGUGGAAGAGUAUUUCAUAUGUUCUCUAUGUAAAGAGGGAUAUCUUGGAAUUGAAGAAGCUCAAAACCAUGCUGAAAAGAAACAUCCUGGAACAACACCCUACUUCAGUAAAGAAUUUGAUUGGGUGUUUUUGUUAACUGGUGAAGGACAUUAUGAGAUGAACCUAAUGAAAAGCUUCAUGGAACUAAACUGGACUGUCUUCAUGAAACAGUUUGUUGAGUUAAUGGGUUGGAAGUCAGAAAAGGCAUUGCACUGUGCUCAACACUGUACCGAUAACCACAAAACAUGGCAGCUCAUAAAUGCAUUUCAUUUUGGCUCGAUGAUGGAACUGGUCCGGCCAUAUGUCAUAGACUGUCUUGAAAAGAGUCUUGACUGUACUGCUCAUGGUUUCAUUUCAUUCGUGAAGCAAUAUGACAAGACUCAAUGCAAUGUCAAUUUUAUGUAUUUAUUUGAAAUGGUUUGCAAGUACUCACAAGGAAUAAUAAAUUUACGUGCUGCUGUAAGGCGAAAUAAUCCUCAGUUGUUGAUGUCAGCAAAAUGGAUGACGAAAGAACUUUUUCAUGGGAGGAAUCAUCCUAAGUACCAAGAAAUAGAGAUCUACGAAACUUUUAUACGUCGAAUUUUGCCUGAUGUUUUGAAACAGUUUUUUGAACAAUUUUGCAGUUUGUCAAAAUCUGGAAACAAAAGCAGGGGUCAAGGCUUAGAUUUUCUACUUGAAGAAGAAAACAAAAAUGUGAAAGGAUGGCUGAAAAGAGGAGUUCCAAGUGAUGAAUCGUGGUUAGCCACUUGUCGGAAUCAUCAAUCUUUAAAAAAUUUGAAGAAAAAUGUUUUAGCUCAUGCUUGUGUAGAAUCACUCGAAUGUAAUGACAGAGAAUUGAAAAUUGAAAGUGCAAUCAAGGAAUGGAGAUGUCAUUUGAGGGAAUCAAAGUAUAUUGAAUCAGAUAGCCAUGGACCAGUACUUACAUCCCUCAGUGGACAUGUGUUAUGUCAGGAACUGGUGAAUUUUACGACAGAAGCAAAUCGAAAGAGAUCGUAUAGAAUAUUGGAUAUGAUACUUCAUCAAACUCACAUUUAG